UAUGGCGGAAAAAUUUCAAUUUCAGGUUAUAGAAGAUCGUAAGUUUCUUGGUAUUUCAUCGAAUUCAGUUAAAGAUUUACUAAUUAAAUGGGGAAUGUAUGACCAAAUGAAAGUACAGGCGUUUACCUACGACAAACAUUUUCAAGAAUAUCAGAAAAAUGAAUUUGUUAUGGAUUUUCUAACAGAUCCUAAUGUUCAGGCCAAUCUCCAGGUUUUAUCUUCUAGUGACUCUUGGGUACACUUAGGGAUUUUAAAAGCAGCUAAAGUCGAAGUAGACCCGGUGCCUUGUACAAUAGUGAACAUGGAUUUUUUUCAAAAAUUAUUCAGGCAAGGUUUGGUUAGGGAAUCUGGAAUGAUUUUCAAAUGCUUUGAUGAAUAUGUGGAAGGAUUUACAGUAUCUGAUGAACUACGUAAGAUGCAUUUAAUGGAUGAUUCGGACCACUUCGAUGUUUUUUCACAAGAUGAAAAGAUGGAGUUUAUUUUCCGGAUUUUUAAACAUCUCUGUUUUGGUGGAGAUGUCUGUCAGUUCGAAGAUAAUGUCAAUCCUUACUUAGAUACAAGCAAAGCAAUAUACAAAGAUUUAGUGAGCGUUUACAAAGAUGCCAAUACAAAAGAACUUAAAACAAGAUCUCGGGUCUUCAAAAUAUCUGCCCUGGAUAGUGACGGUGAGAUGAUAUACCCUGCUGGUAAUAAACACGAACAGUCUUUUGCUUAUCUUGUUCUUGAUCCGCUAAAACGAAAUUUGUUUGUUUGGUAUCAUCAGUGGCGAGGAAUUGCUUGGUAACAUGAAGACCUCUGUUCCGUUAAUUUUACUCGUCGUUUAUUGUUGUGGAAUAUUUGUCCGGCUUGGAGACUAUAUUUUUCCUACAAAUAGCUCCCUAGAACGCAAAGGGAAUCUCUGAACAAGGAGAAAAUAUAGCAAGUUGUCUAACGCCUCGUUCUUAGCUACAUAUCGCUGUGGAAAUAGCAAAGAGAAUGUGGAAUUCUGCGAUGCUGGAGAGAUACACUCACUCGUACACACAUAAUAACUCAACACGUUAAAUAUUCGGGGGAAAUUGCAUGCCAACAAUAGCUACUAAAAAAACGUUAGAUAAACGCUAGAUAAACUUGCUAUAUAUAGGUUCACGCCAGGGUGACGCUCAGCGCUAAAAUGUGUUAAACAUGCAAUUAAGCAGUUGACACCUUUCACAAUUUAAAACUCGCAAGCUAAAAUAGAGACGAUUUCAAAAAGUGUUGGGAUUAAUUUCUGGAACAACUUUCAUCUUUCGAGUCUUUGGUUUUGCUGACUCAAACAUCCAUUGCGAGUUGUGACAAAGCGAGAAAGUGUUUUUAAGAGUUUUUAUUUAAAAAUAAAAGUGUGUUUCGUCCGCCAGGUAGGCAUAUAUGUAGCGUCAGCCAGGUAGGCAUAUAUGUAGCAUACCAUAUGUAGCUUUAUGUAGCUUUUCUUCACAGAAGUUUGCACGUUAAAAUAAAUAUGCAUGUUCAUCCUGAACAUGUAAUAAGAGAUGUUGGGAACUUAGCACUGAACGUUUAGAAACACACUUUCUAAGGGCAGUUGCAGAAAUAAGGCCAUAAAUAAUGCAAAGAACCUUUCCUAGAUCGAUAGUUUGGCGUUUCCAAUUUUAACAACUACCAUGAUUUUUUGCUACUCAUAUGAAUAUAACAUUGUAAAUAAUAAAGUCUUAAGUCUAUUUUAGACGAACUUUUCAUGUGCCGAACCUAAUGUUAAUGAGCUAAAGUCUUUGUUUAAGUCUUAUAAGGAUCUUAUAGAAGGCCAAAAUUUGUGUUAAUAAUUGAAAGCAAAAAAUUAUUUAAAA